AUGGGAUCCAAGAGCAAGGUCACUGGUGAUGUCACUGGUGAUGCCACUGGUGAUGUCGCGAGGGAUGCCACUAGUGAUGUCGCGAGGGAUUCCACUAGGGAUUCCACUGGGGAUUUUACUGCAGACACUCAGGGAACUACGGAAAUGCAUCAUAUGUCUAUGGGUUUGUCCAAAGAGACACCUUUUGGGCAUCAUUCAGAGUCUCGCUCUUCAAUGAAUUCAAACUCCCCAAGGACCAUGUCUCGAGAUACUUCAAGGGGAACGUCUAGAAGAGAUUCUUUGAAUACGUCACCUUUGAUUUCUCCCUCAAGGUCGUCUCACAUGGAGAGUGUUGAUGCUCUUCUCUUGGAUAAGAAGUUAAGAGACUCCAUGGCUAACGAUCAUUACCAUGAUGCCUCAGAAAUCGUUUCUUCCAGACAUUCAUCGUCUGCUUCUCACUUGGGACACAGAUCAAGGCAGCAUAGUUUUGCUGAAAGCCAUUCUAGUACUGCAAAUACCGGAGAUCUUCAUAUGAAUGAAACUUUACCUGAAAAAGGAGGCUCUACUGAAAGCAUUAUUAAUUUGAACACGCAAUUUGGUCAUUCUACGAGGAUUCAUAAAUCUUAUCGUCGUCAAUCACCGUCCAUUUCGCCUUCACCUUCGCAUCAUUCGUCUCCUGGGUCUUCUGUGAUCUCACUGGAAGGUUCUACACUUAUAGAUAAAGGAUCUAUAAGACAGCUGCCUCUACAAAGUAGUGCAGCCGUGUCCAGAGGCGCAUCUAUACUGAAACAGAACAAACAGCAGAAGUCAGAAGUUGCAACCUUUGCGAGAUUCAUUAUGCUUGAUGAUGGAACCCACGAACAUCAUCUUCGAAACAUCAAGAGACAGGAGAAAAUGGGACAGAUGAUUAAGGAUCUUCUGGGAGGUAAAAAACUACGUAAUCAGGCUGUUUCUGCUAUACCAAAGAUCCUCUCUUCCACAAACUUGGAACAGUUGGACAGAGAAGCACAAGAGGCGGUUGAUGCGGCAAAUUCCACUGCUCAGAAACGUGACUUGCCGCCUACUUUGUUUAGUUCGUUGUUGAGUCAGGUGAAAAAUGGUGAGGUGACCCCCUACACACACAAGGGAGAUUCUCUUCAACAGCCUAACAACCCUGUGAGUGUGGAAUCCGGUUCCGAGAAGCAUUCUGCUACUUGUAAGCCUGCCUCCGUGACGACCUCGCAGUCAUUUUUUGACAGUUACGGUACCUGCCAAGAAGUUGUAGGCAGAGGAAGCUUUGGAGUGGUGAGAAUCGCACAUAAGAAACUCAGCAAAGGAGGAGAAAAGUUCUUUGCAGUUAAGGAAUUCAAAAAGAAACCGGGUGAACUUAAGGAAGAAUAUUCCAGGCGGUUAACUAACGAGUUCUGUAUCUCUUCCUCGCUAAAACACUACAGCUUGAUUGAUACCUAUGACUUGCUAAAAGAUGCCAAGGGAGAUUAUUGCGAAGUGAUGGAAUACUGUUCUGGUGGUGACUUGUACAGUUUAAUUGUGACGGCUGGACGUCUUGAGUAUGCCGAAGCAGACUGCUUCUUUAAACAGUUGGUCAGGGCUGUUCAUUAUAUGCAUGAGAUGGGAGUUGCUCAUCGAGACUUGAAGCCUGAAAAUAUCCUUCUGACGUCAGAUGGAACUCUUAAGGUGACUGAUUUCGGCAAUGCGGAAUGUUUCCGAAUGGCAUGGGAAGAUGAGGUGCAACCGGCAAGAGGUAUAUAUGGAUCUUCACCAUAUAUUGCACCGGAGGAGUAUAUAGAGAAAGAGUUUGAUCCCAGACCUUUAGAUAUCUGGGCAUGUGGAGUUAUUUAUAUCGCUAUGAGAACUGGAAGACAGCUUUGGAAAGUUGCUCGUGCCAGUGAUGAAUUCUACAGUGUUUACUUGGCAAAGAGAAAGGACGCCAAGGGAUAUGAGCCAAUAGAAGCAUUGAAAAGAGCCAGAUGCAGAAACGUUAUCUAUUCCAUAUUGGAUCCGGUUCCAGAGAGAAGAAUAACGUCUUUACAGCUUCUCAAUAGUGAGUGGGUGAGGGAAAUUAGAUGUUGUAAGAGUUAA